AUAAUUAUAUAAAUACAGUGCGAGGAGUCCAUGCUAACACUCCCUCUUCAUCUCUGGACCAGAACACAACAACGCCCUCGAGAUGAACCCUGGUUUACUCCUCUUCGUUUUGGCUGUGGGGACGGUCUCUGCCCAGCAGCUGAUCAGUCCUCCCUCGCGUGCUUGCCGGGAGCUGGGAGCCAUGAAUAGUGGAGUCAACGACGGAACCUCUGUUCCCAAGUACAGCGCUGGCCAGACAAUAACGGUGACGGCUCAAGUACCGAACAUGAAAAGUGGAGCAUUUGAGUUCGACCUGUGUCCCAGGGCUGACGUUCAGGACGAGGACUGUCUUUUCAAGUACCCUCUGGAGCUGGCUGAAGGCGGUGGUCAUCAGUUUAAGAUAGAAUCUGAGAAUCCCGGCGGCCAGUACGAAGUAUCACUGUUACUGCCCCAGGGUGUCACCUGUGAGACCUGCACCAUUAUGUGGACGCUGAUCACCAAGCAGUGUGCCCAAGAUUCCUCGUGUUCCAACCAACGCACCGAUCUCUGUGCUGACAUCUCCAUCACCGAUGAGAAAACACGAAAGACAAGAUUUUGGGGCAGGCUGGCCAAAGGCGUUCUGUCAUCAUUUUUUCAAUAAGUCGGCUUGAGAAGAAGAAUGGCACAAUGGCAGUCCUUACCAAUAAUGACUCAGGUGUUUCAUGGUCAUUGGAGUUAAUAUAAACACAUAAAUGAAAACAAUCUAACUUUGUAAUACACGUUUUAGCUUUGACACUUCCUGUAAUAAUUCAUAUUAGUGAUAUUUUGGGUUAAUAUUACUAUUAUUAGUAGUAGUAAUAGUAGUAGUGCUCGAGGAUUCUGGACACAGAGACGGUGAGCCUUCUUUGAUAUUAGGAUAUUCGACAACAUGACCGCAUGUCACUGUAACCUGUUUCUUGAGGCUGCACACGGGAGGAACGAGAAUGACAAGAACAGAUCGUAACUCAAGAAUUCAGAAUGUAAAGCAAGACAAUUCAUUCCUCUAGUAUUCACAACAUCUAGUAGGAUGAAACCAAGUGCAAUAUGCUUUUACGCAAGACUGGCCGAGGUGUUAUCUGAACAGAAGCAGCAGCCCGGAAGUUACGUUGCAACCUGGUUGAGAUGUCAUCUGUCCUUCUCUGUACUUAGGUCUGCAUUGCUUUGCCUCAGGGGAAAGAGAUCAUCGGCCCCUAAGCCAACAACAGUCGCAGAUAUUGACUAUGAGGCAACAGUCACUGAAUGCUGCAUAGAUCUGCGGCUUAACUAACUUAGCUAGGAUUGUUACUUUUGUAUUAGGAUAUUAAAAUUUAGGGUAAUAAAAUAUUGGCGAAGGUGUGGCCAUAAGGGAAGGUUGGAGGUCACGACUGAAAAAAAAUAGUAGAAGUAGUACUAGGAGUAGUAGCAGUAGUAAUAUUACGGUAGUAAUGGUGGUAACGCUGUUACAAGAAAAGGUACUAUUAUAUUUGCCAAUGGUUUAACAUCCUGUAUAAUUUAGUUUGUUCUGAUUAUACUUUUUUUAUUUAGAUCUCCCGUUAUUUUCAGUGGUUUUAAAUUGUAAUGCUACGUUAUUUUCAAAACUUUUCCGGAAGGUAAAUUUCAGAAUAAUAUUUCGUUUUUCUUGUAUAUUACCUGUAAUUUUGUAAACUUUUUGUCUGUUUUCUACAGUUGGCUCUGAUGAUGUUAAAUGAGUUUCCGAAACGUUAUUAAUUAAAGUCUCAACUUCGUCAAAA